AUGCGAGCUUCACUCUUGAGCCUGGCUGGCGUUGCCAGUCUGGCCUUCUCUGGCCUCGGCCUUGCUGCCGACGCUGAGGAAUGGAAGACACGAUCCGUCUACCAGGUCAUGAUUGACCGUUAUGCCCGCACCGAUGGCUCCAUCGACCACGAGUGUGAGGCCCACGAGUUCUGCGGUGGCACCUGGAGAGGCUUGAUCAACAAGCUCGACUACAUCCAAGACAUGGGCUUCACGGCCAUCCAGAUCAGCCCCAUCAACAAGAACAUGGAGGAGCACACAGCCGCCGGUGACCCCUAUCACGGCUACUGGACCACCGAUCUGUAUGCCCUCAACGACAAGUUUGGCACCGAGAAGGACUUCAAGGAUCUGGUGGCCGAGCUCAAGAAGCGCGACAUCUACCUCAUGGCCGAUGUUGUCGUCAACCACAUGGCCCAAAAGUUCGACAACAACCCCCCUCCCAAGGUCGAUUACUCCAAGUUCAACCCCUUCAACGACGAGAAGUACUUCCAUCCCUACUGCAACGUCACCGAGGAGGGCUGGUUGAACGCCACCGAAUACCAAGACUGCUGGCUCUACCCCUAUGGCGUUGCCCUUGCCGAUCUCGACACCCGCAACGAAUUCGUGAUCAAGGAGAUGAACAGCUGGAUCAAGGGUCUUGUCAGCAACUAUUCCAUUGACGGUCUCCGCAUCGACGCCGCCAAGCACGUCAACGACGAGUUCUUGCCCGGCUUUGUCAAGUCUUCGGGUGUGUUUGCCUGGGGCGAGGUUUUGACGGGCGAGACCGAGGACUUCUGCCGCUACCAGACUCUGGACCUCCUGCCCGGCAUGCCCAACUAUCUCGACUACUACAAGCUCAUCGAGGGCUUCAACGGCGGCUCUUUCGAGAAGCUCGCCCAGAUCAAGAAGCAGGCCAUCAACAACUGCAACGACACCUUUGCCUUGGGCACCUUUGUCGAGAACCACGACAUGCCCCGUUUCGCCAACAAGAACAGCGACAUGGCCAUUGCCAAGAACGCCAUGACCUACGUUAUCCUCAACGACGGCGUUCCCACCGUGUACCAGGGCCAGGAGCAGCACUUUAACGGCUUCGAGACUCCUCACAACCGUGAGCCUCUCUGGCAGUCCGGCUAUGACAAGGAGUCGCCCCUGUACAAGCUCACCGCCACGCUCAACAAGGUGCGCAACCACAUCAUCAAGCUCGACAAGGACUAUGUCAACACCGCCUCCGAGAUCCUUAAGGCCAACGACAACUACUUUUGCACCAAGAAGGGCUCCUACGGCAGUCAGAUCGUGUACUGCAUCACCAACAACAGCUCCAAGGGCGGCAAACAUACGCUCACCGUUGGCGGCUUCCAGGCCGAUCAGAAGGUCGUUGAGGUCCUCACCUGCCAGUCCAACCAGGCUGGCAUGUCGGGCACUAUCGACAUGAAGAUGAACAACGGCGUUCCCAAGGUCUAUGUCCCCGCCGAUGCGCUCAAGGACUCGGGCAUCUGCGAGCAGACGACCGCUGAAGAGUUCCGGGACGACACCAGCGGCGCCGGUGUGACCGGUGCCGCCACUGGUCUUUUGGCUGCUGCAGUGGCUGGGUGGGCCCUCAUGUUCCUUGCCUAA